CAAAGUACGUCUUUGGCUCUUUUCUUGGCGCUGUGUAUAGUCUAUGGUUCUAGCGUGUGCGUAGUUUGAAAGUUGUUUACAUUUGCUGUGAGAAAGGGAAGCAGUGCCUUACUGUCCGUGACGCGAUAUUAUUUCGAUAGCAUCAAAAUGUGUACUUAGAUAAUUAUCAUGUCAUGAUGUUUCACAGUUCCAUUGGUAUCAGUACUGACGGGAUACAUAAAAGCGUUUCGUGCUAGAGGUAUUAGGGGAAAAAAUUUAUUACGGUAAAAACUUCAUAAGCAGCAUGGAAAUCGAGAAAGAAGUGUGGAAAUCAGUGUUGCAAAUUCUCAUGUUUCAGCCUGUAAUGGAACUGAAAAAUGUCACCGAAUUGUUAUCGGAACUGAAUGACAGGAGAACAGUGGCGGUUGAUUUAGACAGUGUUAUUCACCAGAUAAAUCGGCAUGUGAAUCGACACGGACAGAAGUUAACCAAACAGAUCUGUGAAAUUACAGAAAAUGAAUAUCUCAUCCUAUUCAGCACGAGCAACAACGCAGCUACUCAGACUCUGACAGGUGGUUACACAAAGGAACACAGGGAGGUCUACAAAAGGAUUCUGGCAGAAAUUAUGACUUCAGAGACUUUGGGGUCUGUGUCAUCUACCCAUGUGCUGAACAUGUCACAAGAUAUGCCUUUUCAUAUAACAAAAGGGCAUCUCCAGGAUAUUGCAGAGAAACUCAUUAGUGAUGGAUGGUUCUGCAAAAAGGAAGGUAAGAUCUACAUAGGCGUUCGCACCAUUGCUGAAAUGGCACCAUACAUUGCAGAAGCAUAUGCAGAUUGUGUUUCAAACUGUCACCUGUGCAAAGACUAUGUUUUUGUGGGAAUCGUCUGUGAAUGUGGUGUAGUGUGUCACAAACGAUGUGUGGACAAAAUGAGAAAAAUUUUGUCAGGUGUAUACGAGUGCCCCAAAUGCAAAGUUCAGCAACAGAUAUAGAAUUUUGGUGUGUAGAAAGUUUAAAAUAAAUGCUAAGAAACACUA